AUGCUCGCGAAUCCGGAUGGAUACUACGCGUCGUUCGCGACGACUGGUUAUGACUCGGGUGCGGCGCGCGGGCAGUUUAAGUCGGACCCGCUUCCGCCGCCGCCUAAGGACAAGAAGGGCGGGAAGGACGGAGGGAAGAAGGGCGGGAAGGAUGGAGGGAAGAAUGGCGGCGGCAAGAAUGGCGGCGAUAAGUUCGGCAAUGUUGUCGGUAAGCCCAUAAUAAAGGGAGACUUCCGCGCCCACUCUUGCCUCGCCUACUCUUGCCUCGCCUACUCUGGCCUCGCCUACUCUGGCCUCGCCUACUCUUGCCUCGCCCACUCUUGCCUCGCCCACUCUUGCCUCGCCCACUCUUGCCUCGCCCACUCUUGCCUCGCCCACUCUUGCCUCGCCCACUCUUGCCUCGCCCACUCUUGCCUCGCCCACUCUUGCCUCGCCCACUCUUGCCUCGCCCACUCUUGCCUCGCCCACUCUUGCCUCCCCCACUCUUGCCUACCUCUUGCCACCAUCUAUGCAUGCUUAGGAAUCAAGCACCCACCGUGCCCCCUCCGCUGUCCCAUCAUUCCCAUCCGUCCCCCCAACCUUCGUUCAGUACACUUCUCCCCUCAGUUCACCUCUCUGCCCCUCUCUGCCCCUCUCUGCCCCUCCUUGCCUCCUUACUACAACAUUCACUACCACGUCCGCGUGAGCCUAAAAAACCUCUUGCCCCUCCUUGCCCCUCCCUGCCCCGCCUUGCCCCUCCCUGCCCCUCCCUGCCCCUCCUUGCCUUUGCUUACCACGUACCCCCGCAGCAACGUCACAGCUACCAACUACGACUUUGCUUACCACCCGCCAAACACCCGCCCAUCCCUGCCCCUCUUUGCCACCCACCCUUCCCCCCCCCGCAGCAACGCCACGACCAACGACUACGACAUUUAUUACCACGUCCGCGUGAGUCUGAACGACUCUGGCGAGCCCACUGGUGUCGUCAUCAAGACCGGCGCUGACGUGGCACUCACCGUGCUCACCAGUGACGCCACGUGGACCAAUCGCACGCUCUCAAACGCCGAGCGCGCCAAGCUGGGCGGCAAACUGACUCCCAAGGGCAGGAAGGGCAAGCAGCCGCCUCCCCCGCUUCCCCCUCCCGUCGGAUACAACUACGAAACCACCGGCACUUGGCUAAGCGCCAGUACUUUGACGGCGGAUAAUGGGCAGACGUACAAGCAGCUGGUGGAUGCCAUGCUGGCUGCGCCCGGCUCUUUCUCUGCUCUCGUCUACACCAAAACGUUCGAGGCUGGAGCAGCGAGUGGUGCUUUCGAGAAUGUCACCUUGGUUGAUGGUGAAGGGUCUGGCAAAUUGGCCAUUAAAUUCAGGUACGGCCAAAGCGCGGACACAUCCAGCACCACCAAACGGGGAUCCCCGUGA